AUGGUGGAAGUGGUGGCAAUGGAUUCUCUAAGCGGCACAGCCAGGCUACAGGUCACCAUCCUCACCAAUGCUUCCAGCUUUCCUCCCCCAGCCUUAGAGUGGGGCUGUUAUCUGCCCAGGGCAGCUGUCAUGGCCCUGGCUCCCCCUAUGCAGGUCUGCCCAGGCCCUUUCCCAUUCCGCCAGGCCUUCUUCACCACAAAAGGAAACGAGGUCUUUCGACCCUCCUGUCACACUUUCCUGCUAAGGCAUCACGCUUUGCAAGAGACUGUCACCCUGGCUGUGGGAAAAGAGAAGUUCCACAAAUCCCAACAUUGGGGCUUUUGCAACAAUGUUAGGAUGCUGGUGAGUGAUGAUAAACCUGGAAUAGGUGGAGAACUGCUUCUCGGGCAAAAGGUGAAGCCUAAAUACAGUGCAUUUCCUAAAGAAGCAGGAACCGAUGCGCCAUCAUGGGUAGCUUUUGAUAAACAGGUAUUAUCUUUUGAUGCCUAUUUGGAAGAUGAAGUGCCUGAUAAAAGCCGAGAAAACUAUAGAAUAAGACGCUAUAAAAUCUACUUCUACCUUGAAGAUGACACAAUUCAAGUAAAUGAACCAGAGUUGAAAAAUAGUGGACUGCCUCAAGGGACUUUUAUCCGGCGACAUCGGAUUUCUCUCCCACCUCCUGAUGAGGAUCAGUUUUAUAUGGUGCAUCAUUUCAAUAUCAACAUAGACAUUGUCUUCUAUGGCCGGACAUUCAAGAUUUAUGACUGUGAUACAUUCACAAAAAACUUUUUGAAGAAAAUAGGUGUCAAAUUAAAUCCCCCGAGACAAUGUCCAGAAGAUCCUUAUAUGAAGGCCCGGAGAGAGGCACUAGACUACAUGGAACCCUUACGUCCCUAUGAGUCCUUUGACACCCUGAAACAGUUUCUUGAGUAUGAUGGGAAGGUUUUGCGUUUCUUCUGCUUGUGGGAUGACUCAGCCUCGUUGUUUGGGGACCGUAGAGAACUUGUCCUGCAUUACUUCUUGUCUGAUGAUACUGUUGAAAUCAAAGAAUUGAUACCAUAUAACUCAGGCCGGGAUGCUAUGUCAUUGUUUCUCCGAAGGAGUAAACUACCCAAGUAUGGCCCACCUGGAAUCUAUCAACCAGGCCAGAUAACAGAUCGAGCAGUUCUCAAUGUGUAUAGUGGCUUGUUAGAGAAACGAGUGGAUGGCUACCUGUUGGAUAAAUACAAGCUAGGAAAAGUAGACCAAGAGUUUUACAAAGAUAGUGACCUGUCCAUAGGAGCCACCAUCAAUGUGUGGGGAAGGAAAGUGCUCCUUUGCGACUGUGAUGAAUUUACGAAGUCUUAUUAUAAGACUAAAUAUGGAAUUGAGAACUUUACCUCAAUUUCAUGCAAGGCUCCUCCUCCUCCAAAAAUAGAAAGGAAGUUUCCACCUUAUACCGGCUUUGGUUCUGAAGAGGAUUCUCUCCGUUCCUGCAUAGGCCUUGUGCCCACACCUCACAAGAGGAACUUCAAGAAGAUCGCAGAAAAAGACAGCUAUGGCAACAUAAGCAAUAUACUCCGGUUUUUUGCAAAACUAAUCACAGACAAAUGUGCAGACGUGGACAGGAUGUUUGUUAUUUCAUAUUUUCUCAGCGAUGACACAAUUUCAGUGUUUGAACCUAUAGAGAGGAAUUCAGGGUUUACUGGUGGGAUGUUCUUGAAAAGAAUUCGUGUUAAGAGGCCUGGACAAGAAGUCUUUAAAAGUGAACUAUCAGAAUAUAUCAUGGUGCAGGAGCUGUAUAUUGGAGCCAGAGUGAAUGUGAAUGGCUACCUCUUUCAUUUGCUCAAUGCUGAUGAGUAUACCUUAAGCUACAUGGAGAAGAAUUCAGAUAAGUUUCCUUUGAGCAACAUCGAACUCGCCCUACAAAAGCUGAAAGAAGUAGAAUCAAGAUCCAGAGAGAUCAAGCAAGUAUUUACAGCUGCUGACUGUAGGCACACGAAGGUUGUGGAUUUUAAUACAUUUAGAGACCUAAUGAUGAGUAUAACUGUUGGGAAACUCACAGACCAUGAGGUUAUAACCAUUGCACGUCACUACCGUGCACCUGAGGACACGGGUCCAGAUGUGAAUGUCUUAAUUGCACUGGCCCAUGAACAGCUCAAGAAAAAUACUUUUGAGAAUUUUGACAGACUCCUUUUUCACUGUGUGUACCUAGAUCGAGAAAAAAAAAAUACGUUACCCAGCAAAGACAUUGAGAGACUGUGCAAGUCCUCCAGGUUACCUUUGAAUGAUGAUCUUCUAGGAUCCUUACUGUCCAGUUUUGAAGACAAUGAAAGACAAAUAAAUUAUGAGUCAUUUUUCUCUGCCUUGAACUGGAGAAUGAAUCCAGUGCCUGAAUUGGAAGCAACAUCAUGUAUUAAAGAGAAAUGUGAAGAUGUUUGGCUCGGGAUGCCAUCACCUAUUCCUGUGAAAUACAUUAGCUAUUUAACCCUUUUGAAAGAUGUAUUUGGCUUAGAGGAGGAAUAA